AUGCGUACUCGUUCUCAACCAGCUUCUCCUGGUGGUCUCGUUUCUCUUGAUGAUAUGCAACGUGCUACUCGACGAAUGACAAGAUCCGCUUCUCGGGGUCCCUCUCAAGAACCCACUUCGCAGCAACCCAGCACCGAGCAGCCCAGAGAGCCUGUAACACAACCAACAACUCGCUCCAAGAGCCAACCACGCACAACGAAGAAGACUGCUACCACCAAGAAAACCACAUCUGUUGCAUCAAAAACUAAGCCGCAAACCCGCAAAGGUUCCAAGCGUGGGACGCGAAGCGCCUCGCGCAAGACCAAUCAAGCUGCGUCAGAAGAAGCACAAGAGUCAAUUGGCGAGAGCUACAUGGAAACCGCGCGAAUGGAUAAUGAAAAUGACGCUGAAGCGGGCAUUGACCAACCUGAAUCUGGUCCAUCCACAGAUGUUGCUUUAUUGGAACCUAAGAACACAGAGCUCAACAGGAAAAGGUCGCGGACCGAAACCUCCCCUGAUAUGGACGCUGAACCCGUGACGCCGCAUGCGAAUAAACGCAGAAACCUGGGCCCGCCUGGAAGUACGCCUUAUGCUCGGCGUACGAAUCGCCGAAUGUCCAGAGCUGUGCCAUUAACUGACAGGCAGCGGCGCCGCACAGUGGAAAGUGAAGGUCGUAUCCACAGCACGAUCUUCCGCCUUCCUGAGUAUGUAGCUCAGACUGAAGCUGACCGCCGCGCUUCCGAAACUUCUGCAUCACCCGUCCCACCAUCCGAACCUUUACAGACCGGCCUUGAUCUAUCUUCUGAACAGGACCAGAAGGCUGUUGUGGAAGAAGAACCCACUGCCGCCCAGGCGCCGUCCACCCCAGAAACCCCUCGACGUAGCUGGCGUGGACUAUUCGGCUCUGUACCACGUAGCUUUAGCCGACUACUACCCAGAUUCGGGCGUGGCCGUGCGAGGUCGGAAGCUCCAGCUACCCAGCAGCCUGCAUCGGAGCGCAUUCAACGUACUCGACCAGUUGAAGCGUCACCAGCUGCCGCUGCGGAAGCGGCAUCGCCGCCUCGUCGCCGUUCGAGCGAAGAACCACCCGCGAAACGCCCCCGUAACCUAUCGUACUCACUCUUCCCGGCUCCAAUUGAUCGCAAACUUUUCCUUGGGGAUAUUCCCACUAAGUCCACCGCGACUGCUGCCGCCGCCAAGCCUGCAGCAGGACCGACACCUGAGCCUGCAUCUGAGCCCACACCUGAGCCUGCAUCUGGGCCCGCGCCUGCUCUUCAACCUGCCCAGCAAGAUAUGCCUCAGAAAAUAGAGACUCAACAUUCUACCACAUCCACCGAGAGAGGCCGCGAGAGCACCAAAAACAAUGCAACCGAAACACAAAAGAAGAAGCGCAAGCGCUCCCCAUCACCCGAUGUCAUCCCCAACCCCGUGGGGUGUAGCUAUGGAAUGGAUCUAGAUUACUUCUGCUACAGCUCUGAGGACGAAGAUGAAGCGGAACCUGCGCUUCCACAAACCGAACCUAGAAAAGCCGAUACUCUUGGUAAGACCGCUCUUCGAAACCUCGCUCAGACAGAGAGACCAGCGUCGAAGAAGGUGCGUUUUGAUGCAAGCCCUGAAGACACACCUUCGAAGCGUCGUGCUCGUGCCACCGACCCUUAUAACGGAACGCACUUUAUUGGAAUGGGUGGACCCCAGACAUCUUCUGCACCUACUACACCUACACCUACUACACCAACACCAGAAUCUCGCUUAAUCGAUCCCCGACAGCGGCCUGGUUUUAUCCCCAAUAGAUCGGGAACCUUUGAACUUGAUUAUGAUGCCUUCUCGGAUGAUUCGGACUCCAGUGGUUCCGAGUCUCCUAGUGUUCCUGCUCCCGCCGCCGAUACUACGCCUCCCAUUUCCACGCAACCUGAUAUCCCCCAAAGUGCCCAACCAUCUUCUCCCCGCGCUUCCCCUCGCCCUGCUGCACGUGCUGCACAGGCACUAUCGACUCCUGCGAAAGUCAACCCCGCCCUGGACAAGGCCCGUUCUGAAGCCGAGAGAUACAAACCAAAGACGCCUAGUGGACUUCGUACUGCUAGCCGUUAUUCAAGCCCUCUAACUGCCCCCACACCUGAUCUUACCCCGGCACAGCCCGCGGAGAAGAGUACUGAGAAAUUCGGUGAUGAUAAAUUUGCAAAGGAUGCUCAGUGGCUGUAUGAAAAUUGCCCAUCCGGUGAUCUUCGUCAGCUUGUUUGGCCCGAGAGGCAAGCCUUCGGUGAGGGUCUAAAUGUCAGCGCCGACUCCCUUCGCAUUUUGGAUGAAAUAUGGGAUCCGGCUGAAGUUGACAACGCAUAUGAUGUAUUCCAACGUGAAUACGCUGAUUUCCAGAAGACGAAUGCUAUUGCAUAG